UCUCCAAUGCACUUGCUAAGAAGUAGAAAAAAUUAGAAGAGCAUAUAAGCUUUAAUCCACAAAAAUGAGCGCAAUUGUGGGCGCGGCAACGGCGAUAGGUGGCGCGGUUACCGCCGCCACAAGCAAUAGCUGGUUUAUACCGAUGCUAGUAGCUGCCAUAGCUUACUUUCAGUACGAAGAAAUAAUGGAUCCAGAGUCCAGAGCGGAAGACUUGCCCACCGAUGAAAUACUAGAACGCUAUGAUUUCAUAGUGAUAGGGGCCGGUUCGGCGGGUGCAGUGGUGGCGAAUCGGCUGACUGAGGUGGAGAACUGGAAUGUGUUGCUUUUGGAAGCUGGCGGAGAUGAGACUGAAAUUUCGGAUGUGCCGCUGAUGGCGGGCUAUCUGCAGUUGAGCAAAAUGGACUGGAAGUACAAGACUGAACCAACGGGAAAAUUUUGUUUAGCUAUGAAUAAUGCACGCUGUAAUUGGCCGCGCGGCAAGGUGCUGGGUGGUUCUAGCGUACUGAACUAUAUGCUUUACUUGCGAGGCAGCAAAAUCGACUAUGACAACUGGGAGGCGCUGGGAAAUCCAGGCUGGGGUUAUCGCGAUGCUUUGUAUUACUUCAAAAAGUCUGAGGAUAACACAAAUCCCUACUUGGCCAGCACACCUUAUCACUCCGCUGGCGGUUACUUGACGGUGGGUGAGGCUCCCUAUCAUACUCCAUUGGCGGCUAGUUUCGUUGAAGCUGGCGUAGAAAUGGGGUAUGAAAAUCGCGAUUUAAAUGGCGAGAAACAAGCCGGUUUUAUGAUAGCGCAGGGCACAACACGUCGCGGCAGCCGUUGCAGCAGUGCUAAAGCUUUUCUGCGGCCGGCGCGCUUGCGUUCUAAUUUACACAUAUCGAUGCACUCUCAAGUGACGCGCAUCAUGAUCGACCCUGUAACGAAAUUAGCCUUUGGCGUAGAAUUUGUCAAGGAUCAGCGCAUAUAUCGCAUACGCGCCACAAAAGAGGUAAUCUUAUCUGGUGGAUCCGUUAACUCACCCCAACUGCUGAUGUUGUCAGGUAUAGGACCACGCAAAGAAUUAGCCAAGCAUCACAUACCAGUCAUUAAGGAGCUGAGUGUGGGAGAGAACCUGCAGGAUCACAUUGGCCUUGGUGGUCUAACAUUCCUUGUCAAUCAACCGGUUUCCAUUGUGGAGAGUCGCUUUCAUUCCAUGUCGACUGUGCUGCAGUACGCCGUAUUUGGUCAGGGACCACUUACCAUUCUCGGUGGCGUUGAGGGUCUUGCUUUUGUGAACACAAAGUACGCCAAUACUUCAAUAGAUUGGCCCGAUAUUGAGUUUCACUUCGUCUCUGGCUCCACAAAUUCUGAUGGCGGCUCGCAAUUGCGCAAAGCUCACGGUCUCACCGACGCAUUUUAUCGCGCGGUGUUCGAGAAGAUCAACAAUCGGGACGCUUGGAGCAUCAUACCAAUGUUACUGCGCCCACGAAGCAUUGGCUCCAUUAAGCUGCGCAGCAACAAUCCUUUUGACUAUCCAUACAUUUUUCCGAACUACUUGAGUGACGAGAUCGAUACGAAGACACUUAUAGAGGGCGCCAAAAUUGCGGUAGCGCUUUCGCGUACGAAAGCAAUGCAGCGCUUCGGUUCACGCAUUUCAUCGAUCAAAUGGCUCGGCUGUCAACAUUUGCAGAUGUUCACUGAUCCCUAUUGGGAGUGCAUGAUACGCCACUAUACGGUAACUAUUUAUCAUCCGGUGGGUACGUGUAAAAUGGGACCAUAUUGGGAUCCUGAAGCCGUGGUCGAUCCGCAGUUACGUGUAUACGGCAUACGCGGUUUGCGGGUGAUCGAUGCAAGUAUUAUGCCGAAAUUGGUUAGUGCCAACACGAAUGCACCGGUAAUAAUGAUAGCGGAGAAGGGAUCGGACAUGAUUAAGGAAUUCUGGAUUAAAAAUACGAUAAUCUAAUUGUGCAGGGGGAAGUGGAAGGGGGCUAGGUUAAGGUCUGCACUAUUAAGUGUAGAAUAUUACCUUUUAAUAUUAAAGCGUUGAAAUUCUGAAACAUUUUGUAAUUUAUUUAUUUAUUUUCUGUAUUUAAAAAAUCAAUUGUAUGUAAAUAGUGUAAGAAAAAUUGAAAUGUUUAGAUAAUAGCAUGAUGUAAAAAAAAAUAAUAAAUUGUGUGUAAUCUGAGUAGUACUGUUAUUUCAGUUUUGGGCUUUUCAAGUUUUUUCUCCAAUUUGAAUGGUUACGAACAUAAAUAUUAUUUGAAUUGAUUCGUUCGUAGAAAUUCGGAUUCUCUGAUAGCAUGAAGAGGCGUCUCGUAAAAUUCAGAUGCUGUUCGGAGUCGGAACAAAAAUUUCGGUCUACUUGUACAAUAACAUCACGAACUAAGACUACAUACACAGGCCUGGGAUGGUUUCCCCCUUAAAAAAACGAAUUAACAAUUUGGGUAGGUUUCAGAUAGUGAGCUACGAAAAUAAUAAUAAUAAAAAAAUCCAAACAAGAAAAUCCCUUUUUUCAUUUUUCAUAGUGUUACCGCGUAUUAGUUGGUUUUCUAUGUGUAUUUUUAACCAACUCUUAGGUUUUCAAAUAAAAAUUUCAUUCUAACUAAAUUAAUUUUCGUUUUUGCAUGAAAAUUGUUAAAUAUUGUGAGAUCAGGUCUCUCAUUACACCGCCUGCGUUGUUUUCCCCUUAAAAAACUAAUUAGCAAUUUGGGUAGGUAUAAGGUGCUAAGCAACCAAAAAACUAAUAAAAAGAAAAUUACUUUCAUAAUUUUUCUUGGCGUUACCGCUUAUUACCAGUGUUAACAUCGAAAUUACACAAGUUUUUCUGAUAGCUUCUUUAACGGUAUUUUUAACUAAUACUAUU